AUGGGCUGCUUCUUUGGUUGCUUUAGGGUCAAGGACGAUCGCCAUCUCCGCUCUCGGCCUCACCUCGUCUCCCAAUCCUCGCGUAACAAUCAGACGGAAGUCGUGAUAUCUCAAAACCGUUUGUCGUCUCUAUUUUCAGCCGAAGAGAGAGAAGGUUCUCCAAGCAAAGAUAGGGAAAGUCCAUGUUAUGGGUCUCCACAAAUUGACAAGGAGCUGAGGAAUGAGGCCAAGUUUCUUAAAGCUUGUGGUACGUUAGUAGAGACCCCAGUUGAAAUUCGGAAGGCGUCUUCAAAGUUAAAUGGCUCACCCCAUCAUGAUAGAGGUUCAGAGCCUCCAAAGUUCAACUCAUGGCUUCCCAACACAUCCAUUAAACAACUUCAGCAGGAGGAUCAACCAGAUCAGCCCCUUACACCUAUUAAACUUGGUGAAGAGUGGGGAAAGGGAUCACGUCGUUCAGACAAUACACCUAGCAGUAUGUCGAACCAACAGAAUACUGGAGGAAUCUCUAUCAGCUCUACUGAAGGCAGUGGAAUAGUUACUGAUUCGACAGUCAAGACUGAGAGUAUUUCAACUCCAGAUGUCCAGUGCAGGAGCAAGGCUGUUCAUUUUGAAUGUGAUAUCGAUACAAAUUCCUCCAGAGGUUCUUCAUCCGAAAAUUAUAGCCGGAGUGCGAAGGUAUCUGAAACUCCAGGAAAACAGAGCAUAUCAAAGCCUUCAGUUUAUCCAACCCCACUAACUCUGUCUGAUGAGAUGCAGACACCAGGAACUGUUUUCCCCGCAAACCUGGGAAAUUUUCCAAAUGGAAAGGCUCGAAUCAGGUCCCAGUAUGUCUAUGCCGUGCAAAACCCUGUAGAGGGCAUCUCUCAGUGGAAGUUAAUGAAAGAUGAAGAUUCGAACUCACAGGGACUUUCAGGUGAGCUAAGAGAAUCUCUUAACCAAUCCGGAAAUGCAACCCCUAUAUCAGAAGUGGGGGCCAAAGAAACUUCAUCUGGACAAGAGUUCAAUGUGGAAUCAAGUUUGUCCUCCUGGCUGAAACCAGUAAAUCGAGAUGACAACAACCAAAACUUUGGUUAUGUUCCUGGCCGAACUCGCCAUUUUGGAAGAACUCCUGGGGACAGGCCUAUCAUUGGGCUUGUUGCUACUCACUGGAAUGAAGAUGAGUCUACUCGUAUCUCGCCGAAGUGGUGGGACGGCAACGGGAUCCCAAACUCAACUAAUAAAUACAAGGAGGAUCAGAAGGUGAGUUGGCAUGCGACACCAUUUGAGGAGAGGUUAGAGAAGGCAUUGUCUGAAGAGAGUUUCAUCUCUCAGAGAAAACACAUUGAGGGAAAGCCAAUUGUAUUCGAUGAGACUGAGGAGAGUGAUACUGCCCUUUCUCAGUUGCAAUCUUCAUCCCAGCCAAAAUCAGUGGUUUCAUUCUGA